AUGACUCCGUACGUCAUCGCUCUAGGCGUGCUCGUCGCCCUGAUGACUUUCUUCCACGUGUCACCAUCGCAGCCGUCGCCUGGAUUAAGCUCCUUCGGUCUGUCUUACCUUCCGCCGAAUCUCGGCUGGGUCGCGUUUCUGUUUCCCAGCACGGGCAAGAUCGACGCGACGAUCUGCCGCGCGGAGGCGAAUCAUUGGGAGAACGUUGAGCGCCGGCGCAAGGAGUUCAACGGCGACCUACAGCCGAUGCUGGGCAACCCCGUGCGAAUGAAGGAGCUGAUCCUCGUGCCCACGUACACGUGUCCGCUCAACGAGCGCAUCGGGAAAUGGGGCGACGGCGGGAAGUGGGCGUGCAUGAUGCCGUCUGUCAUCCAGAAGAAAGAUCCGGUCGUGUACAGCAUCGGCAGCUUUGGCAUGUAUUCGUUCGAGAUGGAGAUGCACCAAAUGCUGCGCACCAUGCCCUACACCUUCGACCCUUUCCUCCCCCCUGCAAAGCGCAACAUCAUGGCCUCCCUCCCCUUCCUCCACUUCAUCGAAAUCGGCCUCUCCGGAACCGCUUCCCUCCCCGUUUACCGCACGAAAUUCCCCGAGAAGAAGUUUGCGACGCUGCCCGAAAUGAUGGGGCAGUUCGGGCAUAAUUACGUGGACGUUUUCAAGAUUGACUGCGAGGGGUGUGAGGUUGAGUGGAUCAAGGACCUUGGCAAGCUGUAUAACAACACAGGGAAGAGGCUGGCUGUGCAUGGGGGGAAGCUUCCUUUCGGGCAGAUCCUCAUCGAAUUCCACAAGGUAAUUGCAGUGGCCGUAACCACCUCCCCUUCCACGUUCUCUGCCCCCUGCCUCGUUAUUGUCUGUUUCCUUCCCAUUUACAGCAUGGACAAGAGCAUCAACACUCUCACAAUGGUCUACACGCUCGAGAACCUCGGGUAUCGCAUGUUUAGUAUUGAGUACAACCACCGCUGCGCCGUAUGCUGUGAGAUGAGCUUCAUCCACGAAAGCCUUGUGCGCCCAGAUAGCGCCACCGAUUGCCGCCCGUUCCUGGCCCCCCCGCUAGAGGACAAGCUGGAAGUGGAGGUGGUGACUGAGGGAGGUGGUGCUGCUGGUGAUGGUGAUGGUGCUGCUGAUGGUGAUGAUGCUGCUGCUGAUGGUGAUGGUGCUGCUGCUAAUAAAAAGGAGAAGGUGGGAGAGGAUACUGAAGAAGAGGAGACAGCGAGUGAGAAGACAGGUGGAAACAGGAAGGUGAAGUUUGGAGGGGAGGGCAAGGAGGAGGGGAGCAGCAAGGGGAGCAGCAAGGGGAGCAGCAAGGGGAGCAGCAAGGGGAGCAGCAAGGGGAGCAGCAAGGGGAGCAGCAAGGGGAUUAGCAAGGUGACCAGCAAGGGGAGCGUGAAGGGAAGCACCAAGGAAAAAAGUACCAAGGUGGGGAAGAAAAUCAAGAAGGCGAAGAGCAGCAAAACGAGCAAGAAGGAAAUCAAGGAGGAGGAAGAGGAGUGA